GGCGCCGACUCGGCCAACAGCUGCAGUCCGAACGGCAAAAUGUCACGACGUGGACGCGCCCAGAUGCUGGCCGCCAUACCCUGUGACCUGUCCAAGCAGCCCUUCUGCCAUCUGCCGGGCAACAUCUAUCCCUGGCAUGCGGUGCGCCGCUUUGUGCAUGAGAACCAGGGACUGAUGAAGCGCAUGUACGGCGAUGUGCGGCACAUCUCGAUACUGCGCGACGAGAUACAGAACAAUGAGGUGGACGUGGAUGACAUCGAGGAUGCCGCCGAGCGCUAUUCAAAGUCGCCGCGCGGUGGCAAGUACAUGUUGCAUGGUCGCGAGCGCGAUCGUGAUGACUUUCUGAGCUACAAGGGCAAUGAUGUCUUGAUGGAGCCGCACUUUCGACCUGUGACAACAACAACAACAAGCACAACAACAACAAGCACAAAGCAAAAGCCCAGCGAGAGUGUAAAGGCUGCCACGCCCAUAGGCGCAGCUGGCAAAACAGCAAGCGGCACAGCAACAGCUACAGCAGCAACUGUUGCUGCCAGCAAUUCAACGCGUCGCAAUGUUACGCGUCCCGCUCUGGGCAGCACUACGCCCAUAAGCUUUGCCUCGCUCUUCUCCGGCACCAGCUCCAUAUUCAACUCGGACAAGCUGCGUCGCCCCUUAACCAGCAGCAGCACCACAGCGCCCAGUCCCAGCAGCAGCAGCAAGGCGGGACUGCUGCGCGACAGUGGACAGCUGUUCCAAGAUGCCAUCAAGCAGGAGCCAGUUGCAGUGGCCAGCAAUCUACGCGGCGUCAAUGCAUGUCCAGUUAAGGAUGAAGUAGUUGCUCCUUUCUGGGCCAACAAUACGCGCGGCGAGGUGCUGGCGCUGCUUAAUCUCUAUCCCUUUGAGCAGUAUGUGCACUGGGAGAAAUGCACGCAUGAGUUUAAGCAAAUGUUUUGCCGCGAUGGCUGCCGCUGUGAGCAGCAGUAUCGACUGCAUCGAUUGCUUGCGUAUGAUCCGCACAAUGAAUGCCGCGGCAUCUUCUCCGACUGGUUUCGCUUUCCCUCCAGCUGCAUAUGCAAGUGCUACAACAUACCGCUGGACUUUCGCGCCACCUCGCGCAGUCCGCGCGCCGACACCAGCUUCGCUGCUCAGGGGGAUCCCAUUGUAGCCGCCGAGGCACAGGUGCAACGCGCCAUCUAUAAACAUGCCACCGAUCAGUGGUACAGACCGCGCGACGAGUUCGAUUUAUACGAGGGCUAGACUAGCGUUUAAGUUGUACAGUUA